GAGACUCGUAUACCCCGCCCCUUCGCUUGAACGUCGCCUUGUGCGCUUAAUUUCGCGUCAUGACGUCUGGAACACGGCUGGUGACAGUUGGCGAAUUUGAGGGUCUUGCUUAAGAGGGGACUACUAGAGCAAAGUUUUGAAUUAAUGUUCUAAAAUAUUUACUUUAUUGAUAAACAUGUGUAACCCGUCGCAGCGAGAGUUGAAAUAAUUGAUUUCAGACACUGAUUUGUUUUGUUUUGUAAUGGGAGAGAGAAAGCUAGAGUGACAGGGAAUAUUGCGCGCUAGAAGAUAUUCUAGAUAUUUUCUGGGUACAUGUUAAGCGCAAUAAAAACUCAUUAAUUAGACCAUUAAUCAAAGGGUUUAAUUUACAAUAGUACAGGAGAAUCGUUUUGAAUACCGUACAUAUCGUUGUGUUUGGGUAGAGCCGGACGAACAGAUUGCUUUUUCAGUGCGCGAGGGCAGAAGCUGUCAGAGCGCGAAAUCCUGAGGGCUCGAGAGCAACUGGUAAAAAAUUGACAAAUUAUUUUUGUUAAAUGAUUAAUAUUCCUGUUACAUGUUACUAGUUUCUAAAAUAUAUAUCAUUGGCCAAUUGUUGCAUAUAUAAUAGCAUUUAUCGGAAACGAAUUUAUUAAUUUAAAAUUAUUAUUUACCAUACAUACAAAGUGAAUAAUUUAUAACUAAACGAUCGGGAUAACCGUUACCUGUUAAUGUGAGACGCACUGUAUUCUUUUUAUACAUGUCGGAUAAAUAAAGGUAACUACAAGAUAUUUAGUUACAAUUAUAAAAUUUAGUGCAUUGAUCUUUGUGUAGAGAGGAGAGUUAAAUCUGUGUUUCUGACAAUUCACUCUUUGGUGACCAUGUCCGAAAUGUGUAAAAUCCAGCCACAGACGCCUCCGUCCGAGAACUGUUCCUCAAAUCCCGAUCAAGCAACUGUUGCUCACAGCGAGUCUACCUUGACGAGCGAGCAAGGACUGACAUUUAGCACAGACCUCAAUCUGGUGGAGAUGACUGAGGUGGAAUAUACUCAACUUCAGCACAUUAUCUAUUCACAAAUGGAGGCACAGGUUGAGCAGGAGGAAGCUGUUGAAUCGAGGUUAAACCCCGGCGUUUAUACAACAAGCAGUCCUUCAAACCAGACUGUCUGCCAGCCCCCUAACCCACAGCAUUUGGAGUAUCCAACAGCAAACCCUGUGAAUCCCUCUGUAUACUGCACUAGUAGCAACCAGCCAGACCUCGCUGCAGAUGCCCGCUUUAUCACUGCCAACACAAAUCAUGGACAUGUAGACUUUCAAGAAUUUAAAAUGAUUUUGAUGAGUGAUCCAUCGCUCAAUAACGCUGUAUUAACAGAAAAGACCCCUACUAACUGUGGCGAAGCACCGGGGACCAAUUUAGCUAAAGCAAGGCAUGCUGAAGAUAUGUGUAGAGAACACAGAGAUUUUCCAAUUGAAAACGCCAAAGCAACCGCUGAAUCGAGACCUAAUCCUGCAGCCCGAGUUCGACUGGAGAAGAGAUUUAAUUAUAACCCUUCUGAAGUUUCCAGACACCAAGAGCCAUCAUCGGCAGCCUUAAGCAAUUUUUUAACAUUGCUUCAUCAACCUUCGGAGCUGCUUGGGGUAUCUCUUCAGUCACAGCCAAACAAAUGCAACACGAUGUCAAAGAACAAGACAGCUCCAACUUCUACCACUGUAGAAUUUAGUCACCCACUGUUUGGUGCUAAUAUGUGUAAUUCAGUUGGCAGCUUUAAUACCACAAAUGCACAGAACAUCGGAAGUCUGUCUCAGAUGUUGGAGUCUGCUAAACACCAUGAGCUUGUGAUUCCCAGAAACUUCACUUUCAGUUAUCAGCAAGAAACAGAACCUGCAAAGAAAACAGUGGCGAAUCAAACCCAACAAGUCCUUGAGCACGUUUGGGUUAAACUAGAAGAAGAAACUUCACAUAAACAUACAGCAAACAAACGCACCAGAACCAGAGGACGGCAGGCAGACACAGAGCGGAGAGCUCUCACUGAUAUUCAAAAUGUACCAGCCAGCCAGCUUACCAGAGCGGCCACCUACACUCGGAAGAAAAGCAUCCUGGAGGGAGAGAAUUCACAGCGCAGAGAGAGACACAAUUGCAUGGAGCGAGACAGGAGACGGAGAAUUCGCAUUUGCUGUGAUGAACUCAAUAUGCUGGUUCCAUUUUGCACCUCUGAGACUGACAAAGCUACAACACUGCAGUGGACAACAGCAUUUCUCAAGUACAUUCAUGAAAUACACGGAGACAGUCUUAAAAGGGAGUUUGAGGGUGUUUUUUGUGGGAAGACUGGGAAGCGCAUGAAGCUUGGUAGAGCUGAACAAUUUGUGACUUAUGGAGAACAAGGGAAUUCACUGAGCAAUGCAGCAACAGAGCAAAAAUGAUACAUCUAUAAAUAUAUACGCCAUAUAUGUGAAUAUAUGAUUUUUGAAACAAAAUAGUAAAGUUAACAUAAGGGCAACAUAUCUCCUUCCUCAUGCUUAUUGUUUUAUGCUUCAUGUGGAGGCUGUGCCUAGACUAGUCUAUUCUGAACCACAUAGUUUGAACUUUUAGCCAGCUGUUAUAGCAUGUUUGCUGGGCCACUGAAUGGUUUUAAAAAUUGUAGAAGAAAUCAUUUAUUCCUGCAUCCCUUCUGUACCCAUCUGUAAAUUAUAUACAGCCACAAGAAAGUAGCACAAGCAAAUUAUCUUUAUACUUUUUUUUUUUUCUUUUAAACGUUUAUCAAAGGCAAAUUUCUUGCUUUAAGCUGUACACAGCGUGGUCUGUUUUUAUUUAUUUUUUGUAUUGUGGUAAAACAGUGGCACUGAUCCUAAUAACUCAAGUCUAAAAUGUUCAUGUGCCCUUCCAUAAAUGGAAGAGGAUGUCCUUUAUUUAAUAAACCUGUUUCUCAUUCACAAUUUGGUGAGACUGCUCAAAACUAUACUGUGCCUAUCUAAAAUAAAAUUAAAUGCUGGGUUUUAAACCCUUCAGAGGUGUCACUGUUUCUUCGCGAUUGUUUUACAUGGCAUAUACAACAUGGAUUUCUAAAAAUAAGUAGAUGGCUUCAAAAAUAUAUGAAACUGACACUUUUAAUCUACUGUGUACAGUUUAUUGGUGGAAACAAAUUCAGUGCAUGUUAUCUUUUUAAUAAAGAAGCCACAUUCAGUUGGUUAAUUGUACUAUAUUGUAUGUAGUGAUUUAAAUAAAACAAAUCAUUACCUGUACCUUAGUUCAGUGUGGGAUAAAAUGUGUGUUUUGGAUUUGUUAUUUUUUGUUUUAAACUAUCAAUAGUGUGGCAGCACAAACAGUAUGAUGCUAUGUUCUCAUACUAGAAUGUUUUUUUUAAUGUUGCAUGCUUUUCAUUUAACCGUAUUUACAUUGAAAAAUAAAAUAAAAACUCAACACAGCUGUUUUCCUGUUUGCUUGUUAAGUGUAAGUGUGGAAAUUCCAUUUAUAACUUGCAAAUUCAUUGACUUUUAUUGAUGUUUGGAACAGAGUAAUGUUUUACUGAAAAGUGGCUUUAUUCAUUAUUUCUUACAACAUAUGAUGCUAUAGAGCUUUACUGUACAUACAGUCACCCACAGAUAAUAAAUACUAUUUAAAAUCAUGUAUAUUUAAUAGUUACAGAACCAUUGCAUAGUGGAUGUGGAGUUUAAUUUGCCUAGAUGAAUAACACUUAAAGAAGAUUAAACAAAUUAACAUGUAAAAAAAUGAAUAGUAAAAUUUGCUGCAGCAUCCACACACAUUUUUAAUGUUUUUAUUUCUUUACAUGUUUAAAAGGGAGAUUUGUUGCAGUAUUAAACAAAAAAUGAAAAAUAAAAACAUCAGGGGUUGUUACAAAAAAAAAAAAGAAAAUGGUCAGAAUGUCAA